AUCGCCUUUCGCCUCCCCCCGGAGAAACCCCAUCAUCACCCGACGACUUCAACCCACGCUGCCGACUCAGCAUUCGCCGAAUCGCCAUCGCCAUUCAUCUCGUCGGAGCAGUCAUCAUCCGCUCUACCGCUAAUCGUCAACGAUCGCCUCCCAACAAAGGCAUCGAUCCGAAAACUCUAGAAAACCACCUCUGUUACGGUGUCGCAUCGCCGAACGGUUUGGCUUCGCCGGGCUCGCCCAUGACUUAUCUCCAGUGCCAACUUCGCUUAUUCCCUCGAAUUGAUACUCUCGACAUGGCUCCCUCCAGCAGCUAAGUCCAUCGUAGUCGAUGAACAGCCAGUCACGCUCCCAUCAGCGGGUGCCCAGUAGCGGCUCGUCCGUACGUGUGCCGUCUCUGGCGCACCAGAUAUCGAAACCACAACCAGCAACCUCCUCGCCUGCUCUCAGCCGAAAGGAUACCCCUGUAGCACGAAGCGAUACUUCAGACAUGUCACAAAAUAACGGCGUAUCGACGCCCAUGAGGGUAGCGUCGCGGCUGCGGCAGGAAAUCCCCCACGAAGCCAGCCUCGACUCUCUCUCCACCACCGCAUCCCCUCAAACCGCCACACCCUCCCGCCUCACGCACGUUAGCGACUCUAUAGAAAUCAUCAAUGACAGCCCUGCCCCGUCGCAGCUGUCGCAACACGAUGUUGACAACCCUCCCAUGCCUCUCCCGCGACGACGGGCUCCCCUCCUCCACCGUAUCCCAUCGUAUCGAAUCGCUGCGCCGCCUACAUCGGUAAAGCGAGACUCCCGACCGAAACAAUAUUCCAUCGAAACGCCAAGCGAUGCGCCGCGUUAUAUAUCGGCAAAUAAAUCCGACCCUGUCUACCGUGAUCCGUUUAGCCGCUCACUCUUUUCUGGCAACGCCGACUUCUUCCCCUGGAACGGAAGCCACCAUGAAGAUGAAUGGAGCGCUGAGGCUAUCCAGAAAGGUACAUGGGAUCGCGGCAGCCAAAACGAAACCUCGUCAGCGAGGUUUGCCGUUAUGCCCGCCCUCAAACAAAAAACUGGGUUGAGCGCCUUAUCCACUAUCUUCAUGGGCGUUUUGAAUCAACGCAGAAAUAGCGGCCAAAUCACAGCGCCGUCCACGUUUAAACCGCCACCCCGCGUCACUGUCACUGAUACUAAACGGGAAGUUUGGCUAAAAGAUCUUGCAAAUCCUGCCAUUUCUCUGCGCCGUCUUAGCCGAACUAUCCCUCACGGUAUUCGUGGCAAAACGCUCUUAGAGCAGUGCCUCAACAAAAACGUUCCAACAGAACGAGCAAUUUGGCUUGCCAAGUGUGUUGGAGCGAACGACAUCCGCGCUCUCAAUAGAAAAGGAGUCAACGGUGCUUUCGCCAUGGGCGGCGAGCUAAAAUGGAUCAGAGACUGGACUAUCUUUGUAGAACAGUUUGUAGAGACUGUUGUUUCCGGAUUUACCGAAUUAGACUGGAAGCAUCGAGUUGUCUACGCAACUCGGCUUGCGACGGUACUCUAUGCGGAGCACCUGCUCGACCGCGACCACUACCUAGACUGGAUAACUUCUAGCUUGGAAGCCAGUCCCCAAUCCAAGAUUCCCAUGUGGAUAAUCAUCGCUCAGAUCUGUUGGAAAGACCUGCUGAGGUCUCGAAAGCAUGGCCGACGCUUAGUAUUCGCAAUGCUAGGCCAUCUGCAUUCGAUAUAUCAGGAUCCUGACCGAGAUAUCGUAAUACAGCUGUCAAGCCAGCUAAGCACGCUCCUGAGCACCCUAUUAAAGAACCACCCAGAAAACUUCUUAUACCCUUCGCUCUGGUCAAGGUACCGGGAUUCUCUCAAGAUUGCAAUUGGCCCAGAAAAUUCAGAUUUGCAGGCCUCAUUUAAUGCUGUUGAUUCAAGAAACAGACAGCUCGUUUUCGCGGGGAAUACCUCGUCUCCAUCCGGAUAUCAAUACCUCGUCAAGCUUCUGGAUAGCACUCUUAUCGGACCUGCAGAGCACAAUUUUGCUGUCAACUGCUGGUCGAGCCUCGAUGAUAAAGCGCGAGUUGUGAAGACUGUUGUUGAAUGGGCAACAUCUUCGCACCGCCCGGGUGUCUCUAAGAUCUAUACAGCCUCAAAUCUCCUCCGGGAAUGGAGCACCCAGCGCAUCAAUCCUACAACAUCGAUUCUUGAGCUAUUGGACGGCAUCCCAACGGCCGAUAGUGUGCGGAAACAACUGUUAUACCAUCUAGUGGCUGAGCUCUGCCGUAGCGGCCACUUCUCGCUUUCCCAAUACAUCCAGUGGCUAAUUGCUCGAGGAAGCUGCAGAGAUUCAGCUGACAUUGACCCCGUCUCCGGCCCUUGCGCCUCGAGACUCUUGGCGGAGCUACCGAUGUACUGCUUCUCUGACGAAGGUAGCCAGAACAGGGCCAACCUGUUGCGACGGGCGGGCAGUUACGAUGUUGCAGAAGAAGCAGAGGACAUUGCCACAGCAAAGAGAUAUCUCCGAGAGACAAUUGGCUUGCCAUUAAUGGAAGGAGACGACUCUAAUACAACGCCGAGAGUCAUUCCAUUGAAAAAGUUGCUCAGCAAAAUUAAGAGCAGCAGCAUGGCUCUCAAGUGUGAUGUGGGAGCUGCGCUGCGAACUGACCUCUCCAAUAUGGACAACACGUCUUUAGAUUCGACACUCUCGUUGAAUAUGUUCAUCUCUCUGCGGUCUGUUUUUGAAGUCACAGGCGAUUUCGCCAUGCUGGUCGAUGUGUUGAAAGCAUGCACUCGCUCAUCAAAUGUUGACGUUCUUGCUGCCUGUGCAGACACCAUCAAUGUGCAUCUGGUAACAUUCUUGGCUUUAAAUCAAGCUGAGGAGUUAUUCGACGGGCUGCUAAACCGACUCAAGGUAUUUGCAAGAGACCAGGGUGUUGUGGUACGACCAUUUUUGGCGUCACUUGCUUUGUUAGCAGCCAAAAUGCCUGAUAGGGAUGCUGUGACUAGCAACUUGCAGCAGGAGCUCGCCCACAGUGACAAGAACAGUGCCAUUGAUGCCUGCUCUCCCGUAUCAGACAACAUGGUUGGUCAAUCAGCUGAGGGUGAAGUAUCUGAGCAAAUCGACAGGCUUUUGGCAAGUGGAACUAGUGUGGACGUGCCAACAAUGAACCGACUCUUCCGAAACAUCUUCCCUAGGCUAGAGUCAGGCUGGGGUAAGCUAGAUGAUAGCCGCCGAGUAUUCGCAUCUCUGUUGAGCAGGCUCCGCGUCUUUGACUCGCAGCACUUUGAUAAGCUCAUGGCGGACUGGGUCAGCCAUAUUCGUUUGCUGCCUGAGCGUCAACCUCUCUAUGAGCUGUUCCCAAUGCUUCUUAGCCUUGGUUGCCUCACAGUAUCAACCAUGCUUCAGACAGCGAGCCCGGCCCCGUCUCAAAUUCCCUCCGCCGCAGAUGCAACCAAGGGAUCGGCGAGCUACCUCCAAGAAGUUCUCCAACUAAUGACAGGAAAGUUACCCAAGGACACACCACUUACUCCCGAUGAACUUUAUCGGUUUCAAUCCAUCCAAGCAUCAGGCGCUAUUGAGCAUUCUAAGCUGUUCCUUCAAGUCAUUCGAAACACCAUUUUGGAAUAUUCGGCCCUGAAGAGCCAUGAUGCUUCCAUUGCACGACCGCUUGAUGAAAACGCCAACAUGAAGAAUCUACUCGCGGUGUUGCGCCUCCUCGUUAUUGUGGAUGCUGCCACAGUCUCGGACGCCUUGAAGGUUAAUGACAUGCCAACCAAUGCGUCUGCCUUCAUUCGUCAAAUCGUUAGCAAGCUGCUUAGCCCACACGACGAAACAAACACGCCUCCCUCUUUUGACCAAAUUUUGAGCCAAGCAAAUGAGCUGACAAUGCCCUUCUGUCAACUCAGCCUGAAUAUGGAACUCACCUUUGGCCAGUUGAUCGAGGCGGAAGGCGAUGAAGGCAAGCAGUCGCAAUUCGAUGUCUUUGCCCGCGCUAUGGACAGUGCCAUUGACGCUAAGAAUAUCAUGUGGACUAGCAUGCUUCCCUGUCUCAACGAGGACAUUACCCAGCACCUCAAGAGCCAGGCAUACUACCGGUUCUUCGAUUUAGUUCCAUCGUCGAAAUCGGAUGAUUUCGCCACGGCCUUAUUGAACCAAGAUCGCAUUCAAUUGGCAACAAACCUACUCGGCGUCAUCGAAGCCAUCAUCUCCGGCCAACCAUCUUCUAAAUCUGGCCAGCUUACUUCAGCUAUUGUGGAUAAGCUCACUGAUGUUUGGGAGGCGUUAGCAAACACGGAUACCGAAUUGACAGCAGCAUCAACGGAUGCUCUUUUACAGUCUUGGCUGCCCGUUCUUCUGCGAUUUAUAUCUCUCCAUGGAAAUGUUCCGGAACUUACCGCGGCUGCGACGACUCCAGGAGCCGCUUCGGGCAUUCGACCAGCCCUAAGCAUCAAUCUUGAAGCUCGGGCGAGAACAAUACUAUUACUGUGCGGCAUCAUUUUUGAGCUAGAGGCGCGAUAUGCCGAAACCACAAGCGAGCUUGUGCAGCAGAUUUUUGAUAUUGCCGUGCUCCUAGUGGACGCCUUGCCGGACGAUUUGAGAAACCACUGCGCAAAGGCUAUUAUUGCUGCCCCGACGCCGACGCCGAGCAAAUCUGCAACGUCAGAUCGUCGAAUAUACUAUCUGUUCAGCGUCCAACCCGCUACAUUGGCGGAUAACCUCAUGCUAGCCCACAGGGACAAGGCCUCUCUGCCACAUAGCGCUGCUGCCCGUGGCUUGGGCGCCAUGUACGGUAUUGGGCCUACUACACAGGAGCGAUUCACGCCCUUUAUCCUCCGACGCUGGGAGGUACUGAGCGAACCUACUCCAAACGUUGGCGAGAACGACACCAGCCUAAGUCUUGGACUCUUUGAAGCCAUCAAGAUACAAUAGGAGGUGGUUGUCGACAAACUAUGGCCUUGGUAUACCAGACGCCGAUGACCCUCCCUCCAUUAUGAUUAAUGUCUUAUUUCCUGUGUCUAUACUUCGUUUCGUUUCUACAUUUUCCUCUUUGCCCAUACCCUGGGCUCUAUUCACACUGUACCGCUAUGGCAUAACAUGAUUUUUUUUAAGUUGGGUACCUUGCUUUCCUUGCAUGAUGAGGUGUUUGCGUCGCGGGUUUACAAUGACCGCUCGGCGUGGUAACGAGCUUUUUUGUUGAUUGCUGGCGAGGAGUCGGUCUAAGUUUUACAUAUGAAAUGAUUAUUGGGUCGAUGGUGUUGCUGAGGUGCAUUCAAUCAUGUUAGAGCAUAGCAUAUACACAUUUUCUUCUUUGUGUUUGAAAUUGAAACAGUUAACUUAAUAUUCCCCAUCUCAAUGUAAUUAUCGUGAUAUCUUGCAUGUCUCAUUAAAAAGGACGGAUAUUUUGAAUUGCGUAUUCAUUGAAAUGGGUAGAAUUGCCGUUAAUCUUUAUAGACCAAAGCGACAACGUUUUAUUUAUCUGCCAACGGUACGAAUUGCGCAAGGACAUCCAGAACGUCUUUGCAAAGACCAAGAGAGAGAAAGAAUAACGAAAAAAGAGAGAUGAAGAUCGCAUACAUUAUAAUCAAAGACCAAAACAAAGCGAAACAAAUCCUGUGGCAUAUUCUUACAUAAAACAAAAGAGACAAAAGGGAUGCUAGAAGAACUCGAUGGCAGGCAGCGCUUAGUCCUCGUCAAAGAUUUGGUACGUGUUCUGCAGGAUGGUGUCGACAACCUUGAUCUGCCAGCCUGCGUCGGUGAUGGCCGUGGCAGCAUCACUGCCCAUGAGGGUAGGACCGAAGAUAACAGCCAAGUUGUGCGAGUUCAUGCGGUUGGAGUGCGCAUUGUCCAUGACUCUGUAGAGAUGGAGCGUGAUGGCACGGAGGGUGGCAUAGUUGGGAUCCGGGAGGCUGUUGAUAAUGGCGUGCAGCGAGUCACGGCGAACAAUAUCGUCCUCUUGUUCUGUUGGGAAUGGUUAGCGGACUCUGUAAAGUAUUGUUAACAGUAAGCAAUGUCACGUACUAGCAGCAGCAAUGAAGCUGUCGUGGUGCUCCUUUGUCAGGAUAGGGUCCGGUAAGUCGCGGAAGAACUGCUUCAACAAGCCAGUCACGCUGUUUACGUCGUGGUAAAAGUUCUCGGGGUUUCUAAAAUCGAGAGCAGGGUUUUGUGAGUCUAUUUUUCUUGGUUAGUAAAGAGUGCAUGACUGCUGGGUAGAAACACGGCGAAACGAACCGUUGUUGAACAUUUGCUUGAGCUUGUUGAUAUGUGUCAGGGAGCCAGAUUGACGGUAGAUGCCUUCGAGACCGAGACCGUAGAGAUCCACAGCCUGGAUACACUGGUACACGACCAUGGGCACAGCCAGUCCGUCUCUCUCGUAGAGUCGGUUCAACGAUACGUUGAAGACGGGGUUUGUAGGCCUAUCUUCAUGCACCGGCUGGCCCUGUGCGCCGUACAUGGGGGGAGGGCCUUGCUGGCUGGGAGGGCCGCUACCUCGUCUAUCGCCAGGAGGAGCAAACGGGUGCGAUUGCUGAGGAGAACCUCGCUGUCCGGGCUGGCCACCAGGAGGACCGCCCUGGAAGGGAAGAUUUCCAAGCUGUGGAGGAGGGGCACCACCGGGGGGGCCUCCGUUUCCAUAGCGGGGUCCGCCAUGGGCUGGGUUCAUGCCGGGAUGCUGUCCACCGGGAUGCUGUCCACCGGGAUGCUGUCCACCAGGAGGACCCUGGUAUCCGGGGUGGUUGCCUUGGCUGAAAGCUCGGUUAUGGGCGGGCUGUUGAGCAAAUGGUCGCUGCUGCUGUUGCAUUGGCAGACCCUGGGAGAAGCUUUGUGUCAUGCCCUUAGGAGGACCGCCUUGCGCGCCAGGGUGGCCUUGGGGACCAGGUCCAGUGAAGGACGACGGGCCACCUGGUGGAGGCUGAGAUGCCAUAGGCGCUCCAGGUGCAUUCAUAGAGCCUGCGUUGCUGCCAACUGUACCAACGUUUCCGGUACUCGUUCUGGCUCCCAUAGAGAGCGGCUGUGGCGCAGAAAUAUUCGUAGGGUUCUGAUUGAAUGAAGACGGCGGUGCCUGUGGGCCUGGGACUGGGCCAGCGUUGUUCAUGGCUGGUGCAGAUGGAGGGUUCAGAAC